AUGUCUAAAAAGGUGUCAUUGCCUUCUUUACAAGUUAGCCCACAGCGGUCUGACUCUGUAAAUGAUGGAAGUGAUCGUGACAUUUCCAGUGAAGAACAGUCUUCUACAAAUAUCAGGAAUUCUCCUUCAAGAAAUGGAUUAAGAAAGAGACUGGCAAGCAUGGCUCCACUUGAGAUGGCAGCAAAUCCUCACACUCUGAAAUUCACACAUAAUACAAAAGCACGAGAGAAAACCAGAGAACGACAGCAGCCCAUAAAAUUGGAGCCUUUGCCUGUAUUAAAGAUUCAUCAAAGCCACAAACAACCAGAAUAUAUAUACCAGAAGAAUAGGGAAAGAUUAUUAGCCGCUGGAGUCUUAAAGCCUUUAACUUCAGCUGAGAAAAGGAAGUGGGGUGUUGCUGUGGAACCAACAGUGUCAGAGAUUCCAGAAGAAUUAAAGGAAAUGGAGUUACUGGGUCCGAAAGCACCAGUUCCAACUCCUCCCAAACAGCCUCGUAGUGCGGUCAAGAUAAGUGCUUGCCUUCCAAGUCCCAUUUCUCCCACCUUUACCUUUUAUGAACCAAAAGAAGUAGUUAAAGCCAAUGUCACAGAACCCCUGGAAAUUAUAAAAAUAAUAUGUGAGAACAAAAACCUUGGAUUCCUAUACAUGACUCCUGCAGUGCCUAGGUCAUCCAUUGAAUAUGACGCAUUCAAGCUGAAAAUUGUAAGUUAUGACUGCAUUAAUAAAAACGACUACUAUACUAUUAGCCCGAAUGCAGUUAUUCAUGUAUAUAAUGGAGAAGUUGAGUAUCUGGAACUUCCACGCUGGGAACAGGAAUAUCUAUACCACAGGGCAAUUACCAAAAUCUCUAUAUUUGCUAUAUUUCGCAAAUGGAAAUCAUUUAAUGUAUGGAGAAAGAAUGUUCGCACUAAGAAAAUUAAUAUGUGCCGCCGAGCUUUGCAAAAGAACUUGUUCAUUGUUAACGCUUGUUUGAGACCAGCAAUACUUAACAUCCAAGAAAUGUGUUAUAGAAUCAGUGACCUGGCAUUUUGUCAAAUUGAAAAGGGUUACUUAUACACACUGGCAGAAUUCAAAGGCACUCAAAUUGCGCAGCUAGAAGAUGUGAGUAGGUUUUGGUGGCUUUGUAAAAGUCUGAGCUAUAUGUGUGUGUGUACAUAUGUAUAUAUAUAUUGAAGAUCUUGUAUCAAUUAUUUUCUAUACCAUAAAUUUCAGGUGGCAUCACGGCUGUCAGAAUUCAGAGAAUUAGCUAAAGAAGUGGUCAGAAGUGCUUGUCGAACUGCGUUGCUUGAGUCUGGUUUUACCCCUGAUGAUUACUUCUAUGCAAUCGAAAGUACAGAACAGGUAACAGUGGUAACAAGAUUAGCGAGUGCAAAUGUCCUUAUUCCUCAUGUUGAAAAGGAUCCAUAUAGUGAACAACCUGAAAAAAUGACAUAUACAGAACAAGCCAGCAAAAGAGCUCAGUGUAUAAGGUUGACAUGCUUCAUUCGUCUUGCGGACUACCUUAUAGUCAACACUAUGCAUGUUUUGACGGUCAAAUCUGUUACUACUCUCUUGAAUUAUCUCACUGAUAAGCUGAAAAGGACACCUCCUUCAGAGAUCAUACAAAAAUGGAAUAUAGAAGAAGAACCGGAAGUUGCAGAAAAGAAGGUAGGUUCACUGAUUUUAGGAUCGGAGGAUGAUGAGCCAAGUGAUCCCAUGUUUCUUGCAGAGCUGAUUUUGGAGAUCCAUGCGCUGUUAUUUGAACCAACAGUGGAGGAAUUCCAGGAUGUUAUGUCUGAGAUUGUGACUCAGUUUCAGGCGACUGUGUUAUCUGUCACAAAUUUAGUGCCUGAUCAAUACUUCGAUGCUUUCACGCGUCCUGUUAUUAACAACAAAAUCGAAGAAAAAACUUGUGGUGAAGGACCAAGCUUACCCACAAUGUUCAAAGAUGAUAAACAUUUGCAAAAUAUCAUCAUCCAAAUAAAGGAGACAAUCUCAUUGGCAUUUGAAGCAGCCAACCUAUAUGCCACUACUUUUGAGCAGUUCCGAUCAUUUUUCAAAGAAAACGAAAGCCUCGAUUUGGUUGCGCUGAAGCAGGAAGAACCUGAUGUUAAAUUCUUUGCUGAACAACUGGAGAAGUAUCACAAGCAACACAAAGAAGCAAUGGCCAUAAAGCAGAAGAGAAAUCUAGGGUUGCUUCUCAUAGAUGCUAAAAAAUUGAAAGACAAACUGAUUCCAUCACCAAAGCGCUGUUUGGGGGUUAUCAAUGAAAUGCUUCCCAUAAUUGCAAAGAAAAAAGUGGCUGCCAUUCUAGCUGAGGUCCAAGAUGCCAAAUUUAAACUUGAGUUUCUGCCAACUACCACUAUAGAAUAUGUGGCUACCUUGACUUUCCUGGAUGAAAUCCAAGACAGGAUUGAAACCCUUGAGGAUGAAUCAAAAAUAGUGACAAAGAUGUAUCAGCUUAUUGAACUGUAUGCAAUACCAGCUCCUCCUGAAGAUUUUGCUUUGUUUGCAACCUUGAAACCAUCCAUUGUGACUGUUCGCAAUGCGAUCGACAAAUCCGUGGGUGAACGAGAUUCCAGCAUCGUUAAAUUCUGUCAACUUUUAGACCAAGAUGUUCAUGAACUAAACGAAGAGGUUAAAGACGUGAAGCGUCAAGCUGAGGACCCUCAGAUUUUGGAUAUUAGUGCUGACCAAGACAGAGUGAGACAGCUUCUAGCAGAGAUGCAGGAGGUUCUUGAUGAGUUACAGAAACGCGCAUUCCAGUACAAAUCAUACCAGAAGAACUUUAAGGUGGACAUGACAAAGUUUGAUGCUCUGGAGGAAGUUUGUGCAGAGCUGAAACUGAAACAGUUGUUAUGGGAUUCUCUCUCUGAAUGGGCAGUGCUUUAUGAAGACUGGAUUGAGAGCAAAUUUGAUAGCUUGGAUCCAGAAUUAUUGAAUUCCCAAGUUGCUAAGUAUGUUAAAUAUGUGACUCAGUUGGAAAAAGGUUUGCCGCCUAAUAGCGUCGUUCCACGGCUCAAGGAGAAAGUGGAGCGGAUGAAAGAAAAGCUUCCUGUUAUCACAGAUCUAAGAAACCCUUGUUUGAAACCCAGACACUGGGCAAUUUUGGAACAAGUCAUUGGCGCAACAUUAGUAGAUGUGGAAAAUCCAUUAACCUUGGAUAGACUUGUUCAGAUCAAUGCUUUUGAAUAUGGUCAGGAGAUUCAAGAUAUUUCUGGGCAAGCCUCAGGAGAAGCGUCGUUGGAGAUAAUUCUCAAAAAGGUAGAAGAUUCUUGGAAAACAAUAGAAUUCAUUGUUCUUCCUCACCGUGAUUCAAAAGAUAUUUUUAUCCUUGGCGGCACAGAUGACAUUCAGGUCAUUUUGGAUGACAGUACUAUUAACGUAGCAACAAUAGCCUCUUCACGAUAUGUCGGCCCUCUGAAACCACGGGUUGAUGAAUGGCAGAAGCAGCUUGCUUUGUUCAGUCAGACAUUGGAAGAAUGGCUGACAUGUCAGAGAAACUGGCUCUACUUGGAAAGUAUUUUUAGCGCCCCCGAUAUUCAGAGACAGCUGCCGGCAGAAGCAAAGAUGUUCCUGCAGGUGGACAAGUCCUGGAAGGAAAUUAUGAGAAAAGUGAAUCGUCUGCCAAAUGCCCUCCGAGCAGCUACUCAGCCUGGCCUGUUAGAGACCUUCCAGAAUAACAAUGCCCUUCUUGAUCAAAUUCAGAAGUGCCUGGAGGCAUAUUUGGAGUCCAAGAGAGUUAUCUUCCCCAGGUUUUACUUUCUAUCGAAUGAUGAACUUUUGGAGAUUUUGGCUCAGACUCGCAAUCCUCAAGCUGUUCAGCCCCAUUUAAGGAAGUGCUUUGAUUCCAUCUCUAAACUGGAAUUUGCUCUUAUGGCUCCAGCCGAGGGAGAAGAAAAGGUUCUCACCAAUGAUAUUUUAGCAAUGUUGUCACCAGAAGGGGAGCGGGUCGGCUUAGGAAAAGGACUUAAGGCCAGAGGAAAUGUUGAAGACUGGCUUGGCAAAGUCGAAGAAGCAAUGUUCACUUCCCUUAGGCGCCUCAGCAAAGCUGCCAUUGCUGAUUAUCAGAUAAAGGAGAGAGUAGAAUGGGUUGUGGCUGGACAUCCCUCUCAGGUUGUGCUCACCAUUUCUCAGCUCAUGUGGUGCCGUGAUCUAACCCAGUGUUUAGAAGGAGAGGAUGUUGAUCAUUUAGAAGCUUUGACAGAAUUUGAAACUGAGAACUUUGAUAGAUUGAACGCAUUGGCUUCACUCGUUCGCGGCAUCCUUCCCAAACUCCACAGAAAUAUCAUAACAGCACUCAUAACUAUUGAUGUACAUGCAAGAGAUAUCGUUACUGAACUUGUUCAACAAAAGGUGGACUCUGUGUACAACUUUGAUUGGCAAAGACAACUGCGUUACUAUUGGGACCUUGAUCUGGACAACUGUGUGGCUAGGAUGGCUUUGUCUCAGUACACUUAUGGUUAUGAAUAUCUGGGGGCAUGCCCAAGAUUAGUGAUCACCCCACUUACAGAUCGUUGCUACCUCUGCCUGAUGGGAGCCUUGCAACUGGACCUAGGUGGAGCCCCAGCUGGACCUGCUGGCACUGGCAAAACAGAGACCACGAAAGACCUGGCAAAAGCACUUGCCAUCCAGUGUGUCGUGUUCAACUGUUCAGAUGGCUUGGAUUAUAAGAUGAUGGGGCGUUUCUUCAGUGGCUUAGCACAGUCUGGAGCAUGGUGCUGCUUUGAUGAAUUUAACCGAAUUGAUAUUGAAGUUCUCUCUGUGAUUGCCCAACAGCUGAUUACUAUUAGGAAUGCCAAAGCUGCAAAGUUUUCUCGGUUUAUGUUUGAAGGACGUGAAAUAAAGUUGGUUAUGACUUGUGCAGCAUUCAUUACAAUGAAUCCUGGCUAUGCUGGACGGACAGAGUUACCUGAUAAUCUGAAAGCUCUCUUCAGGCCAUUCUCAAUGAUGGUUCCAAACUAUGCUUUGAUUGCCGAGGUUAUUUUGUAUUCUGAAGGAUUUGAAUCUAGUAAAACGCUUGCAAGGAAGAUGACUCAAAUGUACAAGCUCUGUAGUGAACAGCUGUCUCAACAGGACCACUAUGAUUUUGGAAUGAGGGCUGUCAAAUCUGUCUUAGUCAUGGCAGGGUCAUUAAAGAGGGAGAAUCCAGAUCUGAAUGAGGAUGUUGUAUUAAUAAGAGCAUUACGAGACUCCAAUCUACCAAAAUUUCUUGCAGAUGAUGCUCUUUUGUUCAGUGGGAUUAUAUCCGACCUUUUCCCUGGAGUCAUAAUCCCAGAGCAUGAUUACGGGGUGCUGCAGUCAACAAUAAUAGAAGUCAUGCUUUCCAAAGGAUUGCAGCCUGAAUCUACCAUGGUUCAUAAAGUCAUUCAGCUUUACGAAACUAUGUUGGUAAGGCAUGGUGUAAUGCUUGUUGGUCCAACCGGAGGUGGGAAAACUACCGUUUACCAAGUUCUUGCCGACGCUCUCGGAGCAUUGCAUGCGGCGGGAGAGCAGAACCCUUUCUACCAGCCCGUUAAAACAUAUAUCCUCAACCCGAAAUCGAUCACAAUGGGUGAAUUGUAUGGCGAGGUUAACAAUCUAACCCUGGAGUGGAAAGACGGCCUGAUGGCAUUGAGUGUUCGAGCAGCUGUCGUUGACACCUCUGAAGAUCACAAAUGGAUCGUCAGCGAUGGACCUGUGGAUGCUUUAUGGAUUGAAAACUUGAACACUGUCCUGGAUGAUAACAAGAUGCUUUGUUUAGCUAACAGUGAAAGAAUCAAACUCACACCUUUUAUUCACAUGCUGUUUGAGGUGGAAGACUUAAGGGUUGCUUCACCUGCCACUGUGAGCCGAUGUGGAAUGGUAUAUAUUGACCCAGAUGAACUGAAGUGGUUACCCUACGUAAAGACGUGGCUGGCAGGCCUUGAAGGAAAACUCAAUGAGGAAACCAAAACAUAUUUGUUUGAACUGUUUUGCCGUUACGUUGAAGAUGGUCUAAAAUACAUCAACAAAAAAUGCUCUCAAGCUAUACCUCAGGUGGACAUCAGUAAAGUUACUGCACUGUGUUGUUUACUGGAGUCACUGCUUCUUGGAAAAGGAGGGCCCAGCAUGAAACUGGAACAGUCAAGACUGAACUGUCUUGUGUGCCAGACCUUCGUGUUCUGCUACCUGUGGUCACUGGGUGGAAAUAUAUUGGAGAUCUAUUGGGAUGGCUUUGAUACAUUUAUAAGACAGCAGUUUGACGACAAUCCGGAUGCUAAGCUUCCAAGUUCUGGCGAUCUGUGGAGCGUUUACAUUGAUUUCGAUACAAGGCGACUGGAUCCUUGGGAGAGAAUUAUACCUACAUUUAAAUACAGCAAAACAGUACCAUUCUUUGAAAUGCUCGUCCCAACCACUGACACCGUGCGUUAUGGCUUUCUAAUGGAAAAAUUGCUUGCUAUCAGACAUUCUGUACUGUUUACAGGAAUAACAGGGGUUGGCAAGUCUGUAGUUGCAAGGGCUCUGCUAAACCGAAUACAGGAUGAAGCAGGCUAUGUUCCUGUUUACCUAAAUUUCUCUGCUCAGACUUCAUCUGCAAGAACUCAAGAGAUUAUUGAAUCCAAAUUGGAAAAGAAAAGGAAAAAUAUUUUAGGAGCACCGGGGACUAAAAGAGUUGUCAUUUUUGUGGACGACCUAAACAUGCCUAAAUUGGAUCGUUAUGGUUCUCAGCCUCCGAUUGAGCUACUGAGACAGUACCAGGACUUCGGAGGGUUCUACGAUAGAGACAAACUAUUUUGGAAGGAAAUACAAGAUGUGACUAUCGCAGCAGCCUGUGCACCUCCAGGCGGUGGACGAAACCCAGUCACACCACGUUUCAUAAGACACUUUGCCAUGCUGUGUCUUCCAACGCCCUCCGAGCACAGCCUUAAACAAAUCUUUCAGGCUAUUUUAAAAGGCUUUUUGGCUGAAUUCUCUACAGCAGUUAAGCAGACUGCAAAAAGCAUAGUGGAAGCUGCUGUUGAAAUAUAUCAAAGAAUGAGCAUUGAUCUUCUCCCAACACCAGCAAAAUCCCAUUAUGUAUUUAAUUUACGUGAUUUGUCAAAGUGCGUGCAAGGCAUAUUGCAAUGCGACUCUGCAACAGUUCGAGAUCAAGCGCAGAUAUUUAGGCUCUUUUGCCAUGAGUGCCAGAGAGUUUUUCAUGACCGCCUCAUCAGCAAUGAAGAUAAACUCUAUUUCUAUUCUAUGUUAUCUGAUAUGGCCAGCAAACAUUUUGGAGUCUCAGUUGAUCCAGAUUCGUUUGCGUCAAAACCUAUUAUCUUCGGGGACUACAUAAAGGUUGGCCUCGAUAAAGCUGAGCGUGUGUAUGAAGAGCUAACUGACAUGAACAAGCUUACAAAUGUUUUACAAGACUAUCUGGAUGAUUAUAAUCUGUCAAGCUCUAAGGAGGUGAAGCUGGUAUUUUUCCAAGAUGCCAUAGAGCAUGUUUCAAGAAUCGCUCGGAUGAUCCGCCAGGAAAGGGGGAAUGCCUUGCUGGUUGGCGUUGGGGGCACGGGCAAGCAGUCCCUAACUCGGCUUGCCUCUCACAUAUGUGACUACAAGUGCUUUCAGAUUGAACUGAGCCGUGGUUACAAUUACGACAGUUUUCAUGAAGACCUUAGGAAGCUAUAUAAAAUGGCAGGGGUGGAAGACAAAGAUAUGGUUUUUCUUUUCACCGACACGCAGAUUGUUGUGGAGGAGUUUCUAGAAGAUAUAAACAAUAUUCUGAAUUCUGGUGAGGUACCAAAUCUGUUUGAGAAAGAUGAACUGGAGUUUGUGAUGGCAGCUACCAGACCCAAAGCAAAAGAAGCUGGUUUAGCAGAGGGUAAUAGGGAUGAGGUAUUUCGAUAUUUUAUUAACCGUGUCCGCCAGAAGCUGCACAUUGUUCUGUGCAUGAGUCCUGUUGGAGAUGCAUUUCGAGCACGGUGCCGAAUGUUUCCAUCGCUUGUGAAUUGCUGCACGAUCGAUUGGUUUGUUCAGUGGCCCAAAGAAGCUCUGUUUUCUGUAGCAAGGACUUUUUUUCUGCCCGUUGACCUUGGAAGCGACAAGAUGAAAGAGAAACUUUCUAUAAUGUGCGUGGAUAUACACCUGAGUGUGACAGAGAUGGCAGACCGAUACUAUGCUGAGCUCCGUCGGCGCUACUACACCACACCUACUUCCUAUUUAGAGUUAAUAAAUCUUUAUUUGUCCAUGCUGAGUGAAAAAAGGAAACAGCUGGUUUCAGCUCGGGAUCGUGUGAAGAAUGGCUUAACCAAGUUGUUAGAGACAAACGAGCUCGUCGACAAAAUGAAAUUAGAUCUCUCAGCUUUAGAGCCAGUUCUGAAGGAGAAAUCAAUAGACGUUGAAGCUUUGAUGGAAAAAUUAGCAGUGGAUCAAGAAAAUGCAGAUCAGGUUCGUCGUGUUGUUCAAGAAGAUGAAGCUAUUGCGAAAGUAAAAGCAGAGGAAACUCAGGCAAUAGCUGAUGAUGCUCAGCGUGAUUUGGAUGAGGCUCUCCCUGCUUUAGAAGCUGCCAACAAAGCUCUCGAUUCUUUAGACAAAGCAGACAUUUCUGAAAUCAGAGUUUUCACUAAACCCCCCGACCUAGUCAUGACUGUGAUGGAAGCUAUCUGUAUUCUUCUUAAUGCAAAACCUGACUGGGCAACAGCAAAACAGCUUCUUGGAGACUCCAAUUUCCUGAAAAAGCUUUUAGAAUACGAUAAAGAAAACAUUAAGAGUCAAAUAUUGCAAAAACUUCAGAAAUAUAUCAACAACGUUGAUUUUGUGCCGGAAAAAGUAGAGAAAGUGUCAAAGGCAUGCAAAUCUAUGUGCAUGUGGGUGAGAGCUAUGGAUUUGUACUCUAGAGUCCUCAAGGUUGUGGAGCCAAAGAGGCAGAAGUUGAAUGCUGCACAGGCAGAGCUUGAUGGUACCAUGGCUACCCUUCGAGAUAAACAAAAAAAGCUGAGACAGGUAGAAGAACAAAUUCAAGAAUUACAAGACCAGUAUGAAAAAAGUGUGAAUGAAAAAGAGAGUCUUGCAAGGACCAUGGCACUGACUCAAGCGCGUCUUACUCGAGCUGGGAAGCUCACUGCUGCAUUAGGAGAUGAACAGGUCCGGUGGGAAGAGAGCAUUUUGAAUUUUGAAGCAGAGAUUUCCAACAUCAUUGGAAAUGUGUUCAUAGCUGCAGCUUGUGUCGCCUAUUUGGGAGCGUUUACAGCUCUCUACAGACAGUUGCUAAUAGAUGGUUGGAUCAGGCAAUGUCAGAGUCUAGACAUUCCUAUUAGUUCUGACUUCAGCCUUAUAAAUAUUUUGGGAGACCCUUAUGAGAUUCGACAAUGGAACACUGAUGGACUGCCACGUGACUACGUGUCCACUGAGAAUGGCAUUCUUGUUACUCGGGGGCGACGAUGGCCACUGAUGAUUGACCCCCAAGAUCAGGCAAAUCGUUGGAUAAGAAACAAAGAAGCAAAAAAUGGUUUGAAGAUAAUUAAGCUAACAGAUGCAGGUUUCCUGCGUACCCUGGAGAAUGCCAUUCGUCUGGGGAUGCCCGUUCUUCUAGAAGAGCUUAAAGAAUCACUGGACCCAGCUCUGGAACCCAUUCUUUUGAAGCAGACUUUUAUUUCUGGUGGGAGAAUGCUCAUUCGCCUUGGAGACUCAGACAUAGACUAUGACAGGAAUUUUAAGUUCUACAUGACAACCAAAAUGCCAAAUCCACACUACCUGCCUGAGGUGUGCAUCAAAGUUACAAUUAUCAAUUUCACUGUUACCGUAUCGGGCUUGGAGGAUCAAUUGCUGAGUGAUGUCGUGCGCCUAGAGAGACCUGAGCUGGAGGAGCAAAGAACCCAGCUCAUUGUGAGAAUUAAUUCUGAUAAGAAUCAGCUGAAAGCCAUUGAAGACAAAAUUCUAAAGAUGCUUUUUACAUCAGAGGGGAAUAUCCUGGACAAGGAAGAACUCAUCAACACACUCCAAGAAUCAAAGGUUACGUCCGGUGCCAUUAAAGUAAGGCUUGUUGAAGCAGAAACUACCGAAGAAAAGAUAAAUGUGGCCCGUGAAAAAUACCGCCCAGUGGCCACUCGAGGCUCAGUCAUGUACUUUGUGAUUGCAAGCCUGUCAGAAAUCGAUCCGAUGUAUCAGUUUUCCUUGAAGUAUUUCAAGCAGCUGUUCAACACAACUAUUGAAACAUCUGAAAAACACAAUGUUCUGGAGCGGCGCCUAGCUAUACUGCUUAGUCAGACCCUCUACGCAACUUAUACCAAUGUUUCCCGAGGCCUUUUUGAACAGCACAAACUUAUCUACAGCUUCAUGCUGUGUAUUGAGAUCAUGCGGCAAAAAGAAGAACUUACAGAUGUUGAAUGGAAUUUCUUCCUCCGUGGAUCUGCCGGUUUAGAUAAGGAACGGCCUGCCAAACCUGAAAUUCCAUGGCUUGAAGAACAUACUUGGUUUAUGUGCUGUGACUUAGAAGAAACACUUCCUUGUUUUGCAGGAAUUCAAAAGGACAUAUUGUCCAAGCACAUUUUCAUUAAAUUAGGGCAACUUGAAUGUCGUGUCAACCCAGAAGAAUGGGAAGGUUAUGAGCCUGCAGAAGAAGAAAUGAAACCCAAAGAAGACCCAGCAAGCAUUCCUUGGGACACUAGGCUGACUAUAUUUCAGAAAUUAAUUGUGGUGAAAUGCUUUAUGGAAGAAAAGGUGGUUUCUGCAUUUACUGAAUUUGUAAUAGAAAAUCUUGGGAAACAGUUCAUUGAGAAUCCUCCAGUUGAUCUGGCAACCCUUUACCAAGACAUGUCUCCUUCAACACCACUAGUGUUCAUCCUCAGUACAGGCUCUGACCCCAUGGGUGCUUUCCAAAGAUUUGCAAAAGAGAGUGGAUACUCAGAAAGAGUCGAGUCAAUUUCCUUAGGACAAGGGCAAGGACCUAUUGCAGAAAAAAUGAUUAAGGAUGCCAUGAAAUCGGGAAAUUGGGUGUUCCUGCAGAAUUGUCACCUAGCGGUUUCAUGGAUGUUAGCAAUGGAAGAGCUUGUAAAAAGUUUUACAGAACCAAGCGUGUCUAUCCAUGAAAGCUUUCGACUCUAUUUAAGUUCUAUGCCAAGUAAUACCUUCCCUGUCACUGUCCUUCAGAACUCUGUCAAGGUAACUAAUGAACCUCCCAAAGGACUCCGGGCAAACAUCAGGCGAGCGUUCACAGAAAUGACACCUUCGUUUUUUGAAGAAAAUAUCCUGGGGAAAAUGUGGAGAAAAAUAAUCUUUGGCAUUUGCUUCUUCCAUGCAAUCGUUCAGGAGAGGAAAAAGUUUGGGCCUCUUGGAUGGAACAUAUGUUAUGAAUUUAAUGACAGUGACAGAGAAUGCGCCUUACUGAACCUCAAUCUAUAUUGUCAAGAGGGGAAAGUACCCUGGGAUGCCCUUGUUUAUAUAACAGGUGAAAUUACCUAUGGCGGGCGAGUUACAGAUGCUUGGGAUCAGAGGUGCCUUCGUACAAUCCUAAGGAGGUUUUUCUCUCCAGAAACAUUAGAAGAGGAAUAUAAAUAUUCAGAAUCAGGUAUAUAUUUUGCACCGGUGGCUGAUGGUUUGCAAGAUUUUAAAGAUUAUAUUGAAAAUCUUCCUUUGAGUGAUGACCCAGAAAUUUUUGGGAUGCAUGAAAAUGCCAAUUUAGCUUUCCAGCGUAAAGAGACAAAUACCCUAAUUACUACAAUACUUGAAGUGCAGCCACGAUCAACUGCUCAAGGAUCAGGAAAAAGCAACGAUGAGAUUGUUCAAGAGCUUGCAAGCACAAUCCUGACCAAAAUUCCUGAAAAACUUGACAUGGACACUGCUGCAGAAAGCCUUUUUGUCAAGGAUGACAAAGGGCGAGUAGACUCUUUGACGACUGUCCUCGGUCAAGAAGUGGAUCGUUUCAACGGCCUUCUCAAGUUGUUACGGAUCUCACUAGAAACACUCAACAAAGCCAUUGCCGGUUUUGUAGUGAUGUCAGAAGAGAUGGAGAGAGUGUACAACAGCUUCCUGAAUAACCAGGUACCCACCCUGUGGGCCAAUGCAGCCUACCCAUCACUGAAGCCAUUAGGAGGAUGGGUGAAGGAUCUUGUGCUGAGGACAGCCUUUGUAGAGUUCUGGCUCAAAAGAGGUCCACCUAAAUCAUUCUGGAUCUCUGGCUUCUUUUUCCCCCAAGGAUUUUUGACAGGAACUCUUCAGAACCAUGCUCGAAAAUAUAACUUACCAAUUGAUGAGCUUAGUUUCAGCUACAAUUUCAUUCCCGUCUACCGAGAUCAAGCACAAGUUGCAGAAGCGUCAAAACAGACUCAUUUUGGAAAUGAGUUGCCAAUGGAUGCCCUGCUGCCAUCUCCUGAAGAUGGUGUUCUGGUCCAUGGAAUGUUCAUGGACGCCAGCUCCUGGGAUGACGAAGAGAUGGUUAUAGAGGAUGCUUUACCAAGGCAAAUGAACCCCACGUUGCCAGUGGUGCAUUUUGAGCCACAACAGAAUUACGAAUCAAGUCCCACGCUGUAUCAGGCCCCACUCUAUAAAACUGGGGCUAGGGCAGGAACUCUGUCUACCACAGGUCAUUCAACCAAUUUUGUGGUAACAGUCUUGUUGCCUUCCAAACGGCCAAGUGACUAUUGGAUAUCCAAAGGGUCUGCAUUGCUUUGCCAGCUGAAUGACUAACUGGGACAGGGUCGUUGCCAUCCACCAAGAGGAUGUCUGUCUAUGUGGUGUGUCCAGCAUUGGUUGCAGUGUUACAUCAGUGCCAAGCCCACAAUACUGGUAGGCUAUAUAAUCACAGUGUCAGAAGGUCAGGCCUUCCUUCCAAUGGAAUUUUAAAAAAAAUUGCAUUGUUUUCUAAGCAAGUUGGAUGUCGCUCUCAUUGUCCGCCCUCCUCCUUUCCCCAUCCUUUAUUCACUUAACCACUCCUAUGUUUUAUGCAUCUGUCAUACAGUUAAAGUCUUUUUUUUUAAAAUCCACCAUGAAGUGCGUGCAUGUUUUUAGACAAACAUGCUUUGCAUCAGAAUAGUCACUUAUUGUGAAUCCUGUGCCAUAAGCUUUUGUAUCUUGUUUUCUUUGUGAAUGUAAAUGGCUUAUAAUGGGGAAAGUUUCAUGGGAGAAAAAAAUAUAUUGACAGCAAGCCUUUUAAGUGGUUGAUUCUGGUUUAUCU